GUGAUGGGGAGGUGAAUUUCGAAAUCCAGCUGCUUAAUAAACCCGAGCGAGAAGACCAGGCUGAUUUGAGCUUCCUGGUUUCUUCAGGCGAAGUGAUCUUCCUCGUCCAGAGGCUCAUCCACAAUGAUGUUCUUGGCUCUUCUACUGCUGGCCUGGGCUGCCUUUGCAAAAGCACAACCUGCAGCCGUCGGCUGCUGCAUCGCCAAAGCCAAGGAAGACCUCCAGGGCCUGCUUAGGAAAUGGGAAACGGGGUCUUCCUGCCAGCCCUCCCAGCCAGGCCAACCCCAGAAGCCGUACCAGAGCUGCAAGGAAAUCAAGGCUACCAUGCCAGAGGCUCCAGAUGGACUGUAUAUCCUGACCAAUGAAAAUGGUGAGAUCUACCAGAUCAACUGCAACAUGACUACCAACAGAGGCAGCCAGUGGUCAGCAUCCAUGAAAACAACAUCUUUGGGAAAUGCAUCACAGGCGAUCGCUGGUCCAGCCAACAAGGAAGCAAUGCCAACUUCCCCUACGGAGAUGGAAACUGGUCCAACAUUAACGCCUUUGGGACAGCCAUAGCAGCCACGAGCAAUGACU